AUGCCGUUAAUCGUGCCAAUCCUACGCAUGUUUAUGCUAUUUUUGAAUAUUUGGGACACAUUUAAAACACUCAAGCCACCUCCCUACAAAAUUCGCAAUGGAAAGGCAGAACCACCAACUGUACGGAGUGUUACUCAGAGGAAACGCGAUUUGAAGGGAUGCUUGGCUGUCUGGAUUGUUUGGUGCUGCUUCUCGACAUACGAGCGACUUGUGGAGCCAAUAAUUUCGCUUUUCAUACCUUUUUAUAACGAGCUGAAGUCUCUUGUCAUAUUAUUUCUCAUAUUCACGAGAGCAAGAGGCGCAGAACCCAUAUUUCUUCAUCUUUUGCGACCUAUGCUACGACCGUACACAAAGUCCAUUGACAAUUCACUUGAGCUGUUCCGUUUGAUUGGCGACCUUCUUUUCGCUAUCAUAUCUUUCCCGUUACGACCCGUUGCUGCGUUAUUGCCGUCGUUUUUUGGACCUAGAAGUCUUGGAGACGAUAUACCCCCUCCAUACUCUGAAGAUCCAGCAGCCGGAGACCAACACAUACCGCCCUCCGAUUUCCAGCAAUCAAGUGUUCAUGUUUCCACAUUUCACCUGGCAGACCCAACUGCAGACAUGGAAUGGCGACAAUACCCUAAUCUACCCUCCGCAUAUCCACCUACUCCACUUGUCACGUCAUCACGUUUGCCUGUUCAAGGUCAUGUUGGAUAUGAUGCAAGCUCUGCUGCAGGUCCGCACACGAUCUGGAUUCCACCUGUUGUAGACGAAGACGAAGAAGACGAUGGCGAAAAUCAACAGGGUUUUCGUAGGUCGCUCUUGCCGCCCCGUGUGCCAUUACACCCCGGCCUCGGAAAUUAUGACGGCUUGAGCGACGAAAGUGAUAGAGGGGCCGAAAAUCAUCAAAUAAUAGAGAUAGCUGAUUUUCAAAGCAAUGGCAGAGCUAGUGGUGAAACUAGUAGCGCAGAAGAGACAGACGAUAUGGAGAUGGAUGACGAUGAGAGGAAUCAUCGACACAGCUCAGAUGGUGAUGCGGGUACUGAUUCAGAGGAAGAUUCGUUCAACAUAACGCUUCAAACUCCCCGUGUCCCUCUAUCGUUGCAGCCAUCGUCUGCUACAAUGUCGAGGUCGACAAUCCGGCUGCGCGCAAGUGCGCGGUCGGUAUUUGCUGACCUAGAACGAGAAACAGAAGGAAGAAGACAUCUAUCCGGAUCCGUUCUUUUACCUCCUUUAGACACGACUUCCAAAUCGGGCCAAGGAAGUUCGCCGUCUUCGAUUGACUCAGGAUCCUUGUCUAUAUCCUCAGGCGACGACAGUGCGUUCAUGUCGUUGCCAAAUCCACAUUCAGUCGUACCUUCCCUGAUUCCCAUAUCCGGCACCAAGAAUGACGAUAGCAUGAGUGACUCCUCUCUCGGAAGUGCUCCAGGUGCGGGCCCUGCGACAACCACAAUACGCUCAAUCUCACCAACUGGGCGUGGUAGGAAGAGGUCCCAUAGUCGCAGCUUCCCUCCCGAGCAUUCCCAGAGAUACACAAGAUCAAACGCGUUAACAUUCGCUGGUUCCACUUUGCAGCGAUUGUCUUCCAAUGAAUCAUCGUCAUCGUCUCGUGCGCCUUCCCCAUCAAAUGAUGCCGAUGUCCACGAGGCUGUCGCGGAUACGACUUUAAAGGACAUACGGGUACUCGUUGAUGUCGAGCCUAUAUCUCCGUCAUCAGCGUCUCCAGUUGAAACACAACUCGGCGAUGUAAAAUCCAAUAAUCCUACAGGGGAAAAUGCAGACGAAGUACAACCUGCAGAAGGGUCAGUUGCAGGACCUCGCAAGAGACGGAAAGUUGUUUCUCUGUCUUCUGGCCCUGGUCAGGGGGGCCCGCCGACCUCCGAAUCUGAACCCACUUCACGAAGUCAUACAGGUUCUAUACCAAAGCCAUCUGAUGCUUUUUCGUCAGAUAAAAGGAAGAAAGGAUUUCUAUCGACUCGCACCCGACGUCAACUUUCAGGAGCGUCGACUUCGGCUUCGGAGGGUACAGAUGGUCCAUCUAGUUCGGAUAAUGAUAGAUCCACGAGGCCUGCUUCCAGCUCUAAGGGCAAGGGUAGGUCUGCUACACCCAGUUCAACACGGGUUUCUUCUGUUCCCACUCGAAGACAAUUCGAUGUUUCUCAUAAAUUAGCAGGGGCAUCGGCGUCAAUCAGAAUGACGAGGUCUACGGUUGGGCUAGCACCGACGGCUGGCACCGGUACCGAGGCAUCGGCGAAUGACCAUCCUCUGCGCUUAGCCAGGGCCCGGGCCAAGAAACGGGUCUGA